AUGCGGCUACCUGGAAAGAAAAACGUUGCGGUCGAGCUCGAAGAUAUACAUGUGACAAGUGGACGUCUGACCAAGAUGUCUGCCGAUAAAAAGCCCGACGAGGAAGUCGAUGUUGCUUAUGCAGAUGCAGAUGAAGAACUGCGUCUUUGGGCAGGCAUCAAACGCUUCCCGAAGUUAGUGUCCUUCUGCCUCGGGCUUUCCGUCGCUGUGAUCGCCCUAGGUUAUGACUCUAUGAUCUUGGGCAACAUCACGGGUGUCGAUAGCUUUCAAGCCGACUAUGGAUCCCUAUAUGAGGGGCAAGUCAUCAUCCCGGCGAUCUGGCUCUCGCUCUGGACCGGCCUUGGUAGGCUUGGCAACGCCCUGGGCAGCGUUGUUGGAGGAUGGUCGCAAGACUUCAUGGGCAGAAAGCGAAGUUUCAUGCUGGGAAGCAUCGUCUUGAUUGUUUCCGUCAUAAUCAGCUUUCUAUCAUUCAUCCCGCCAGAUGUCAACACCAAACGCGGUGUUUUCCUGGCUGGCAAAGUCCUUCAGGGUGUCUCCGUGGGUCUUCUCAAGAUCACGGCCAUGACAUACAUUUCUGAAAACGCCCCAGUAUCGCUGCGCGGACCAGGAAUGGCUCUCUUUCCCACAUUCAAUCUCCUCGGCCAGCUACUUGGAACAGUAGUUGUAUUCGCAAUGAACAGUGUUCCGGGUAAAGCAGGAUACAUGGGAGCAUUCGGGUCCCAAAUCCCUCUUGCCCUUGUCCCCUUUGUGGUGUCUUUGAUCAUGCCGGACAGCCCCGUGUAUCUACUUCGCCAAGGGAAGGAGGAGGCUAGUUUGCGUGCUGCGAUUCGUCUCUACGAACCACGUGUCUCAGCUGCCACAAUGAUUGAAAGAGCGAAAGCCGGAAUACUGAAUGAGGUGAAUCCCGAAGCUGGUGCCACUUAUCUGGACACCUUUCGUCCCCAACAUAGAAGGCGGACAUGGAUUGUCUUCUUCGCCAACCUGUUUCCGACCGCAUUUGGCUUGGACCAUCUCGGCAGCAUCAGCUAUUUCCUUCAGUUACUCGGCAUGGAGUCUAAUGUCAGUCUUAUCUUCAUGAUCAGCGGUGUUGUUGUUGGAAUCGUAGCCAAUGGCAUGGGCAUCUGGAUUCUCACCCGUGUCGGGCGCCGCACAGCAGUGCUCGUAAGCUUGUCUCUGGCCUCCAUACUAUGGGGCGCCAUGGGCGUAUCUGGCUCCUUCAACGGCGUGUUGAUCGCGUAUAUCUCUGCUGCUGCCAUGGCUCUCGUUAUAUUCGUCUCUGGUUUGGGAAGCUGGCCGGCAGGAUAUGCGAUCAUUGGAGAGACUUCGGCGCUCGAGGUUAGAGCCAAAACUCAGGCUGUGGGUGGAGUGUCUCAGCAAGCAUCCUCUACGGCGAUGAGCAUGAUAUUACCGUACAUAUUCAACCCCGAUGCUGGAAAUUCAGGGGCCAAACUUGGUUGGCUAUUUUGUGGGCUUUGCGCCAUAACAGCUAUAGCCGCGUGGUACAUUAUCCCGGAGAUGAAAGGAAGAAGCCAGGAGGAGAUUGACCGUAUGUUUGGAUUGGAGCUCCCUGCCCGCAAGUUCAAGUACUGGGAUGGAGAGAGGAUUCAUCGGGAUUAA